AUGGUGUCAGGUGGGGAGGACCUGAAAAAGAAAGGUGAAGAUGGAGUAUUCACCGUGAGCGUAGUUGGAGGCGGCGGAGUCGGCUAUGACAACCAGGGGUACGACGGUGAACUAGGAGUUAAACCGCCCCCUCCCAUCAUCGAAGAUGAGAAGAAGAAGAUCAAAUUGUCCCGCAAGGAGAAGUGGAGGAUUCUCAUGAACGUCGCAGCUGUCUCCUUCGCUUUCAUGGUCCAGUUCACAGCCUUCCAGGGGACGGCCAACCUCCAGUCGUCGAUAAACGCCAACGAAGGCCUCGGUACGGUCUCCUUAUCGGCCAUCUACGCCGCCCUCGUAUUAUCCUGCAUCUUCGUUCCUACCUUCCUCAUCAAGAGGUUAACUGUCAAAUGGACUCUGUGCUGCUCCAUGCUCUGCUAUGCCCCCUACAUCAUGGCCCAGUUCUACCCCAGGUAA